AUGAAUAAAAAAGAAGAGAAUAAGCCACCUAAUAAAAAGCUAAUCUUACAUUUCGAUGUCAAUAAAACUAUUAUUUUAUAGGAUUAAGCAAAAGGUUAUUCAAAGGAGGAUCAUUUGCAUCUUAUAUUAUCGAGAUAAGCAUGGGGUAAAUUAGAAUAAAAAGAUGAGAAAUCACCUAUUAUGUGGAAGCUUUAUCACAAUCAUUUUACUAGCUAAUAGCCUGAAAAAGAUAUGAUAGAUUAUCACUCUUAUGUUAAAUCACUUUAUCCUUUAAAAACCGAAUAAGAAGAACCAGAUAAUGAAAGUAGAUAGCGUUAUAAUAAGUAGAUGAAGGCAAAUAGAUAAAACUUAUUUAAUAAUUUUGUUAAGACAGGAGGAGUUGGCAUUAAAUUAAAGCCAGAAUAUGAUAGAAUUAUGAAGGCGAUUUCUAUGCCAAAGUUAGUAGCAGAGUUUGUUAAGAAUGAAUAAGCUAAAGCAGAGAAAGAAGAAGAUACUGGAGCUCAAACAUCUUAGAAUAUGUUUUAACAUUUGGAAGAAGAUAAAAUUUAUGAUUUAUUUUAGGAUGGAAAAUAUUAUAUGUUACCAUCCUUUUUCAAGACCAUGAUUAAUUUAAAGAAGCAAAAGAGGGAAUUUGCAAUUGUUUUUAGAACUUUUGGAAGCGAAUUAUAAAAUGUAAUUAGAGAAAUUAAUUCUUUUUGUGCUGGUGAGCAUCCUUCAUUCAAUGGGAGAAAUAAUAUGCCUAUAAUUAAAUUUGAUGGCUCUAAAAAUAAUAAGAACUUUAGAAUAAAAAAAUUUCAUUAAGGUCUUUUUUACAGAAAUAAAUCUGACAGAAUAGAAGACUGCUAAUUAGUUCUUGGAACCACGAAGCGUAAUGAAAAUCCAUAAGUUAAAUUGCAAGAUUUUUAUGCUGAAGAAAUCAAAGCAGGAACUGUAAAAAUAGUAAAUGGUCCUCAUGAAAUACAGAGCAUUAUUUAAGAAUUAUUGAAAGAAUCUUGUGGUUUAGGAUUUUAAGAUGAUUUCCUAUCUUGGGACCAUUUUGAUAGGAAAAUAUAAUGUUCAAAGCCAUUAAUUAUUGAUUAGCAAGAUUAUUAAACAUAGCAUAUCUUCUUUGAUGAUAAUGUUUGGAACGAUGAUGAUUGCAUUGUAGAUGUAAGAGAUUGCAUAUCAGGUUAGCAAAUACCAUUAAAGAGAUCUAUGAAUAAAUAUAUGGUUAAAGUAGAUAUCAUUGAUGUCAUAAAAGACCCUGAUUAUUUUAUAAAGUGUAUUGAUUUUUGUGAAAAAAGCAGGGCUGAAGAAAUAGAAAGAAUAGAAAAAUAACUUCCUUUAGAAGACCCAGAAUUUCCUUCAUAAAUAUAGAAAAAAUCAGAUUUUUAAUUAUUAAUGGAAGCUAACGGAGAAGAUUAUUUAAGAUAAACAAUCAUGCCUUUAUUGAACAAUGCACUUAAGUUAUGCGAUAGAGAAAGGCCAUCCGACCCAAUUUCAUUUAUUGCAUUAUAUUGCUUAAAAAAUAAAGAUAAAGUUAAAAUUCCAAUUCCUCCACCUGAGUAUUUUGAUAAAGAAAAACCUGAAGAAGAGGAAGAAGAGGAAAAUCCAAAUGUAGAAGUUUAAUAAGUCCCUAUUGUUGAAGAGAAGAAAGUAGCAGGUCAAAAAUGA